AUGGACGAAUCAUGGCUUCAGUAUGAACCAGAUACAAAAAAACAUUCCACUUUCUACGCAGGACAAAUAACAAAGUUAUGGAGGAAAUAUUCGUUUCAAACAAUAUUCCUCGGUCUAUCCCUGCUAUAUGAUUUUCUGGAGUGGGCUGGCAAAGACAAUGGUAACCUGGGUACAAAAAUUCGCUAUUGGCGUGAUGUCCUGUUCUGUGGGUGUGUGCUGCCCUUCACAUUGUUCGUCUCAUCAAUGUUCUGGACGGUCUACGCCAUUGACCGUGAGCUGGUCUUUCCGAAGAUCUACGAUGAUGUGAUCCCCUGGUGGUUCAACCACUGCGUCCACACUAAUAUCCUGGUGGUGCUCGCGUUAGAGACGCUGCUGCAGCCCAGAAGACAACCCACUGAUGAGAAGGUGGAAGUCACAAUAUAUUGGAGCGUGGCUCUUAUGUACGCUGUUGUAUACUACACAAUAUACUUUGCGACACAUCGCUGGUUGUACCAAGUAUUCGGUGUGAUGACAUGGUGGCAGGUCUGCCUUUACCAGCUUUGGAUAUGGGGGUCAUCAUUCGUCUUCUACAAACUGCAAUUCCCAAUCAAUAGACUCAUUCAUGGGGAUGAGAGUCAAGAGAUACCGGAAGCUAAUGGAGAGACGAAAACAGGUGAACAAGUAAUGAGUCCAAAAGAGCAAAGCGGAAAAGUGAUAAUGGAUCUGAAGACUCCACCGUUUUCCACGAGGUCUUGGAGUGUGAAGUUUAGGAGUUUAAGGAGCCAAUUCGAGAGUUCACGACUUUGA